AUGGGCUCGUAUGUAGAAGAUCGUGUUGCCAUUGUUGUUGGAGCUACCGUUAGUGAGCACCUAAACUUGAAAGCAUGGGAGUCUCUUGAACCUUUACUGAUAAUUAAAAUUCAGUCCGGAAUGGGAAUCGAUAUUGCCACGGAUCUCUUCACACGCGGAUGGAAGGUCGCUUGUGUAGGCCGGCGUCGUGAAGCAGGGGAAGCUCUUCUUAAGACUCUCCCAGGGAACAACGCUCGAUUCUUUCCCGCCGACGUAUCAAACUAUGAUCAGUAUGCGGGCGUGUUUCGCGAAAUUCACAAAUUAUGGGGUCGCAUUGAUGCACUAUGUGCUAAUUCUGGCAUCGUCGAUACGUCUUCUAUCUACAUAUACGAUUGGAAGAAUAAGAGUGUUGAUGAGGUUCCUCCGGCCCCGGAAUUGGAUGUUGUCGAUAUAAACUACAAGGGAGUCGUUCACGGUACACAGUUGGCGACGCAUUUCAUGAGGUAUAAUCCUCAACCUGGGGGACGCAUUGUGAUCACUGGAAGUAUUGGAGGUGUUUUCCCUCAUGAGUCUUAUCCAGUUUACUGCGGCACCAAGGCCGCAGUAAACCAAUUUGUGCGUGGCACGGCCACACUAUUGAAGCAGAAAGAGAACAUCAUGAUCAAUGUUGUGAUGCCAGGAAUGGUGGAAACUCCUAUCGUCCCCCCAGAGAUGAUUGCCGCUGUGACUCCUGAAUGUUUGACCCCAGUGAAGACAAUCUUGAAGGCGUACCAGGUUUUCCUCGAAGAUACCACAGGGAUGACUGGCCAAACACUUGAGUGUUCAGCUGAUAAGCUGAUCUACUACAACAUGCCCGAGUAUGGCAACGGGCGCAUCACGAAACGGGCCGUCACAGUCUGGGAGCCGUUGUUUCGAAUGAUGCAUGGUGAAGAUUCGCAGUUACCGGAUGCAAUUCCAUGA